AAAUGGUAACAACCAAAAAAAAUAAAAAACACACACGCACAAACAAAACUCUUAAUUUUCACGAAUGCACCAGAAUUAUAAAGAAUUCUGAGAAUUUGUUCUUGAAAGCUUGAUUUUCCGGACAAACAAUGGCGAAAUCAAGUGCAGAUGAUGAAGAAUUGAAACGAGCAUGUCAAGCAGCUAUUGAAGGUACCAAACAAAAGAUCGUCAUGUCUAUCCGUGUCGCUAAAAGCCGUGGAGUUUGGGGUAAAUCUGGAAAAUUAGGUCGUAAUCAUAUGGCUAAACCUAGGGUUCUCGCAAUUUCCACGAAAGCAAAAGUUCAAAGGACAAAAGCGUUUCUUCGAGUUUUAAAAUACUCAUCUGGAGGAGUUCUUGAGCCUGCAAAAAUAUACAAACUAAAGCAUCUUUCAAAAGUGGAGGUUGUUUCAAAUGAUCCCAGUGGCUGUACGUUUAUGCUGGGAUUUGACAACCUUAGAAGCCAGAGUGUUUCCCCACCUCAAUGGACCAUGCGGAACACUGCAGACAGGAAUCGCCUAAUAGUGUGUAUCUUAAACAUAUGCAAAGAAAUUCUAGGCCGUCUUCCCAAAGUUGUUGGUAUGGAUGUUGUUGAGAUGGCUAUUUGGGCUAAGCAAAACACACCAGCAGUAACUACACAGUCAAAUCCCGAAAGUGGACCUGUUGACUCUGUUAUGACAGAAGAUGAUUUGACAGUGGCUGUUGAAAGGGACCUUGUCUCACAAGCUGAAGAAGAGGACAUGGAGGCCCUUCUUGGCACUUAUGUCAUGGGUAUUGGGGAGGCCGAAGCAUUUUCUGAAAGGCUAAAAAGAGAACUUCUUGCUCUAGAAGCGGCAAAUGUGCACGCCAUUUUAGAAAAUGAACCUAUAAUAGAUGAGGUAUUGCAGGGGCUGGAAUCGGCAACCAUUUGUGUUGAAGAUAUGGAUGAGUGGCUUGGCAUUUUUAACGUAAAGCUCAGGCACAUGAGAGAGGAUAUUGAAUCGAUAGAAACUCGUAACAAUAACUUGGAGAUGCAGUCCAUAAAUAAUAAAGCACUGAUAGAUGAGCUCGAUAAACUUCUUGAACGUUUGCGUGUCCCUCCAGAGUAUGCAGCACUUUUAACUGGAGGUUCAUUUGACGAGUCUCGUAUGCUCCAAAAUUUUGAAGCAAUGGAAUGGUUGAGUAGUGCUUCAGCUGGUUUGGACAUUCCAAGUUUGGAUCCGUAUGCCAACUUACUAUCGGUUAAAGAGAAGCGAGGAGAACUUGCAAUUUUGAAAUCAACCUUUGUACGUAGAGCGUCUGAGUAUCUGAGCAAUUAUUUUGCUAAUUUGGUGGAUUUUAUGAUGAGCGACAAGAGUUACUUCUCCCAAAGAGGACAAUUGAAGAGGCCUGAUCAUGCUGAUCUGCGGUAUAAGUGCAGGACGUAUGCACGUCUUCUACAGCACAUAAAGAGUCUUGAUGCGCGCUCCAUGGGUCCGUUGAGAAAGACUUACUGUCAAUCCCUCAAUCUCCUUCUUCGUCGCGAGGCUCGUGAAUUUGCAAACGAACUUCGUGCUAGUGUAAAAGUAGCUGCAAAACCCCCGGUUUUGUUUGAUGCUGCGGCAGGUCCUGCUCAAUCUGCAAACAACAUAGAUACUUCAGCAGCUUCAGAUGCAUAUGCUAAGAUGCUCACAAUAUUUAUUCCUCUCCUUGUAGACGAGAGUUCUUUUUUUGCACAUUUCAUGUGCUUUGAAGUUCCCGCGCUUACCGUACCUGAGGGUCAUGCAGGUGGUAAUCGAAAUGGAUCUCAUGACAUGGACAAUGAUCCAGACGAUUUGGGCAUUGAGGACAUUGAUGGGAGUGAGCGCAAAACUGGCACUACUUCAAUGGAUAUGGGAGCAUUAAAUCAAUCUCUUCAAGAUUUGCUUGAUGGGAUCCAAGAGGACUUUUACGCAGUGGUGGACUGGGCGUGUAAGAUUGAUCCUUUGCGCUGCAUAUCGAUGCAUGGGGUUACAGAAUCCUAUUUAUCGUCUCAGAAAGCUGAUGCAGCAGGAUUUGUGCGUGUCCUGCUGGGGGACCUGGAGUCAAGAAUUUCCAUCCAUUUCAGUCGGUUCGUCGAUGAAGCUUGCCACCAGAUUGAGAGAAAUGAGCGUAAUGUAAAACAGAUGGGAGUCCAACCAUACAUUCCAAGGUUUGCUGUCUUAGCAACACGUAUGGAGCAGUACAUUCGAGGACAAAAUCGGGAUUUAGUUGAUCAGGCAUACACAAAAUUGGUUAGCAUUAUGUUUGUUACUUUGGAAAAGAUUGCACAAGUUGAAUUGAAGUAUUCUGAAAUUGUGCUUCUCGAGAACUAUGCUGCCUUCCAGAACAGUCUUUAUGAACUAGCAAAUGUUGUCCCAACACUUGCGAAGUUCUAUCACCAGGCCAGUGAAGCUUACGAACAAGCCUCCACGCGUCAUAUUAAUAUGGUCAUAUAUAUUCAUUUUGAUAGACUCUUCUUAUUCGCUCGGAGAGUGGAGGAUUUGAUGUUCACCAUGAAUCCAGAGGAGAUCCCUUACCAGCUAGGUCUAUCUAAAGCCGAUCUUCGCAAGGUGUUAAAAUCUAGUUUGUCUGGGGUGGACAAGUCCGUCAGUGCAAUGUAUAGGAAGUUAGGGAAGAAUUUGACUUCAGAGGAGUUACUACCAUCCUUAUGGGAUAAAUGCAAGAGGGAUUUUCUGGAUAAGUACGUAAGUUUUGUAGAAUUGGUUGCAAAAAUCUACCCGAAUGAACCUGUUCCAGCUCCACAAGAACUGAAAGAGCUUCUUGCUAACAUGUAGAUGGAGAAAGUUUGUCCGUACCAUAAGAUAUAUAGCUGUGUACAGUUAGCCUACAAUUCUAUCUCCACCUGAUCCAAAAUUGGAUCACCCUUCUUCACUCCACAUUUUGUAAUUCAAUUUCUUUUUAGGCACCAGCCACCAGGGUUCCUAUUCCAUCUACAUUGGUUCCUGGUUCAGUCUAUUUGAGGGUCUUUUGGAAAAGGUUAAUUUUUUUGGUUUCCGUUGCAGUUAUACGUGAAAUGAGCUUUGUAAUGACUCGUACUUGAAAGUUCUUGUUCAUGAAAUCUCAGACUCGUGUCUUUAUAGCAUAAAUUUGAAGUUCUUG